UGUGAUGCUCCAAAAUCACUGGUUAACCCUUUUGCUACACUCCUACAUUUCUACCUCCUCUCUCUCUCUCUCUUCAUAUUAUUGCUAAAUUAAAGGACUGAGCUUUCUUUCCUUUUCUUGCAGAAUACACUCUUUCCGCAAAAUCUCUUAGCUCCACUGUAACUAUAUGUCUCACUUACAUACUUCACCUUGAUCUCAUCUCAUUUUCUUUUCUGUUUUAGCCCUAAGAUCUAGCAUCUUCUUCAUCUUUAACUUGUGAAUGUGAUGAAUAUAUGGUAACAGAAACACUAAAACUACCAGAUUUAGGAACCCUAACAGAUAAAUACCAAAUGGAUUUCAUUACACCGCAAGAAAUUAUGAAUCCGAGCUCCGGAAUCAUGGUUCCGAGUAUCGAUUUCAUAUUUACCGGCAACGAGUCGAGGACGACGACGAUCCACGCGCCCGCGGCUCCGCCGCGGCCGCCGCCUCUGAGCCGGUACGAGAACCAGAAGCGGCGGGACUGGAACACCUUCUGCCAGUAUCUGCGCAACCACCGGCCGCCGCUGUCGCUGCCGCUCUGCAGCGGCGCGCACGUGCUGGAGUUUCUCCGGUACCUGGACCAGUUCGGGAAGACUAAAGUCCACAACCAGAACUGCCCCUUCUUCGGCGUCCCCAACCCUCCGGCGCCCUGCCCCUGCCCGCUGAGGCAAGCUUGGGGCAGCCUCGACGCGCUCAUCGGCCGCCUCCGCGCCGCCUACGAAGAGCACGGCGGCAGGCCGGAGUCUAACCCGUUCGGCGCCCGCGCCGUCCGCCUGUUCCUCCGCGACGUUCGGGAUUUCCAGUCCAAGUCUAGAGGGAUUAGCUACGAGAAGAAACGGAAGCGGUCGACGACGACGUCGUCAAAGCACAAGGUGAUCGCCGCCGUCACCCCUCAAGCUCCUCAUGCAAGUAAUGCUAUCUGAAUAUUAUCAGUUUUAAAUAUUAAUCAAUAUAUAUAGAUAAGAAAAAUAUCAAUGUAAGAAAUUAAAUAUGGUAAUUAUGAAUGUUUUCUUUCCAAUAUAAAUGUCAAUGAAUAAUUUUUAAUUA